AUGGAUGUUGGCAAUAAACGAAUUAAAAUUAAAGAGAUGUCAGAUAUAUUGGCAUCGCGAUUUGCAUUUAUUACCGGUACUCGUACAAAAGAGGGUAAUCCGGUACUUAUAUUUCCGGAUAGUAGAUCUCAAUUAACAGAAGACGAACUUCAUCUUCUUGUUUCCUAUCUUCUUCAAAUACCACCACUUGAAGAAGAACAAAAAAGUUAUGUAAUUAUUAUUGACAGACGUAUGGAUAAAUGGUCUUCCGUACGCUUAUUACUUUCCUAUUUAAUGAGCUCAUUUCCAAGACCGGUUCGGAUCGUAAUUGUAUUAAAACCGGAAAGUGUAUUGCAGCGUGCACUCGAAGUAGGGUACCGCGGAAUUUCUGAAAAUUGCAAAUUUAAGCUACUAUAUAUCAGAAAUAAUCAGUUUUACGGAAAAAAAACAGCACCAACUAUUUGUUCCGUUUAA